GUAUCAUUUUGUUAUUGGAUGAGUAUGCAUUAUCUCAUCAUUAUGCAUUGUAGUAUCAUUGGGUUGUGUCCAAUUCAAGUAUUGUAAAUUAUUGUGUUAUUGUACAAAAACAUUCGGUCAAUAUUCCCAAAUUGAAUACUGAGUAGAUCUUUGUUUUUUUCAGUACAGUGAGUCAACCAUCAAAUCUUAGAAGAGCAGGUGAAAAUUACCAUGGAGUCAACCCCUAGUUCCAAGGAGUCCCAUUCUGGUAACGUGGAGCCUCCCCACGGCUCACAUGAGUCAUCCCCCACCACGACGAUUCAAGUUGAAGCUGGAUUUGGAGCAAGCAUGCAACCUGGGUUCAAAGAAGAUAAAUUGGGUUCAGCUUCCAAGCUACCAAAACCUCAUGAAUUGGAUGAGGAACUUCAGCAAGAGUCCCUGCAGCUUCAGGUAUCCUCGCCCAUGCAUGCGUCCGAUUCUCUCUAUGACUUUGGCCCUGCACCUUAUAUAGAGGGCGCCAUAACACCAAAAAGUAGUACUCAGAACUUAAAGCAAAGUGCUUCAGAAACUGUUUUACAAGAAUCUAGUGCGAGUGCUGAAAAUGGUGAAAACGAACCAAUUGCUUUCACAACCAAUCCAAGUAAAAAUAAUUAGUGAGUUGAUAAAGGUGACGCAUGAAGCAGUUCGAGUAUUAUGAGCAGUUCACUGAUGACCAUAGACAUUAGGCAAGGGACUGUGGACGCUUAAUAUACAGCAAAAGCAAAAUGGCGAACUUAUAGGACGUUUCCAAACGUAAAGAGCCUCCGAAACAUCAAAAUCAAUCAGUGGUAGAUGCCGAAUUACUCUAUGGAUUAUAAUCAAAAGCUUCGGCAUGUUUUGUAUCCGUGCUCGGUGAUCGCACGUGACGUAUGCUAAUGCUUCGCUGCUUUGUUUUUAUUAAUAUGUACAGGGUGGGCUAAACGAAUAAAUACACCUGUACAUUUAUAUUUAUAAAAUAUAUGAAAAUGUAAUUAAUAAAAUGAUAGGCUAUUACUUUAAAAUCGAAUCAGUUUGAUAUUUCGAUGAUACAUCUUCGGAGGUGUUUCUCAUGAGAUUUCAAGUUCUUACAAGAGAUCAAGCUUUUGUUGAAUUAACAUGACUUGUAGUGUUGCCCAAUAUCAAGAUAACGAAGGGUGUAAGCCUAAGGAAUAUUGUGUCAAUGGACUUAAGGACUGAAAAUAGAUGGCGAAAACACCCGUGGG